CUCUGCAGCUUGCCUGAAGCAGGGCUAAACAUGAAAAAAAUGCACCCGCCCAGUGCUUGGAACUAAAAGUCCUCGGCGUUAGUGUCCGGAGGAGCGGUACAAAUGACUUUCCGGAAAAUCAUUUUAGACUAUUAUCCUACCCACAAAGAAGGACAGAGCUGUGCCCAUUGGAAUCGUCAUUCCCCUGUAAUGACUACUUGCGAGCAGUGGACUCAGGAUCUUACAAAAGAAAGACAAGCCAAGGAAGACUUUAACGUUAGCAUGUUAGGAAAAAUUCCUUCUCCAAAUAAUGAGCAAGGGAAUGCAAAGCAACCUUCUCUCUACUUUCGUUCUGUGCUUAUUAGGAUUGAUGAUUUGGAUAUUCAUCAGGUAUCUUCAUCUGGACAGACCCCUGAAAGACCACCUCUUCUUUCAUGCCAUCAUAUUCCAAGUGCUUCUUCUGCUGUCCAUCUCCAAUACAUGGAGUAUUACCGUCUACCAGGAGAGUGUCUUCCAGUUCCUCCUCCUGCUUUAUACAUACAGCUCCAUGGUCUGCUUCUAUACCUUGCUACCCAGUCCAUUCUUUGGUUAAAUAUUUUUAUGCUAGAUUUGUCACAUUACUUACAGCAGUUAACAGAUGUAAGUAGUAUGGUGAAUGAAGGAGCAAUGGAGGAUAGAGAUGUGCGUCUAGAUGGAUUCAACCUUAAGCUUAGUUUUCCUGUGACAGCUCCUGCCUACAGUCCACCUGAUAGACCAUCUUCUAUUUGUGCCCAUCUCUCCUCAGUUACCCUCACUAACACACGUCAGGCACCAGGCUCAAAUCUAAAUCUACUUCAAAGCAUCUUUCGAUCCUUUGCAGCACAUGAAGAUUUUCAUUGGCCUCCAGGACCCCUGCAUCCAGUAUUUCUUUCCCACUUGUAUCCAUCUUCUGAUACUCAACAAACAUCAAUGUGGACUUUACACAGUGCUGGCUUGUCUUUUCAUUUUGAGGGAGGGAUUGUUAAGCAUGAGAUACUGUUACAUCAUAUGCCUUUUACAGCCCUGGCCUGCCUUUUACUUCCUGAACUAGAGCUUCAAAUCAUUAUCAAUGUGGAUGAUGUAAUACGACUACAAUUGAAUCAUUAUCAUUACCUAACCAUGUUACGUUUUCAGGAACAGUUGCAGGCUUUAAUUGAUAACUUGAAACAAACAGCAAAUUCACAGUUGGAUUUUUUAAUACAUAUGUCCCCUUCCCACCAUAUGAAAAUAUGUGUUGGAAUGAAAAUACCAGUUGUCACUGUUUCUCUUUUACUUCCUGCCUCAAUCUCCCCUGUAUCCCCCGUGCAACCAGAAGACUCUGAAAGGAGCAGUCUUGUAGGAUCUGAACUGGUGAAAGAGGCAAUGACUUGUGAAAAAGGAGCAAACAAGACACAACUAACAAAUAAAAUUGAACUUGUAGAUACUUUUCUUUGUCCUGAGCGAGGCAAAGAACCUGAGGAUGUAUUGACUCAACAGAACAAUAAUGAAGAAAAAGAUGAUUUGAUAAAAGACAGACUACUGGGGAAGGUUGAAGCUGUACAGACAAAAGAAGACCUUUUACUGGGGAAGGAGUUUGCACGUGACACUUUGCUUAGCACACUUGGUUUGACCCGUGAGACUUUUAGCCUUGGAAAGGAACGUAUGCAGCGCUUUCUGAGUGAUACAAAACAUAAAGAUGUUGAUAUGCCGCAUAAUCGGAUGAGUUCAGCCCUCAUUCGUACACAGUCUUUAGAUACUCUCUCUAUAGAUGGUCUGGAUGUGUUGUCUUUGGACAGUGAAACUACUGAGAAUUUCAUAUUAAAAUUAGAUGCAGAAAUGAUUGUCGACGGAGAAAGUGUUUUACCAGAACAAGAUGAUGCAUCACAAAGUACAGAAGGCCCUGAACCACAGCAGAUUCUUACAGUGGCCCUUUACAAUGUUUACUCUGUUUCACGGCUUUUUGAGGAUGAUUUGUCUGUUACUGUUAAAGCUUUAGACAUCAGCUGUGCUAAGAAAUUGGAAGAUUUAAAAGAUCUUUUAGCAAGUCCCCCUGUUACAACAAAAUCUUCUCCACAUCUGAUUUUGAAGUUUGAUCUUGGUCCUGCUGCAGCCCACCUUUCUCCACUUGCUGUACAUAAUGGCUUUUUACGAUUACAUAUUCAAGACUUCAGGUCAGAGAUGCCUGUUUCUGCUCUAACUCAUAUAGGACCUUUCCUAGAGGAUGAGCAGAUUCCGGAAAUACUACCUAUGAUUAUUGAAGUUACCAACAGCAGGAUUACACUAAAAGAUGAUGGUCCAAGUAUCUACCCCUCCCCAGUUGUUCCCGAACCAGUUGCCUUUUCAGUGGAACACCUCAAAGUCCAUCGGCAAGAGGAUGGAGUUUUUUGGCUCACUGGGUAUGAACCUUCUAGUCUGUUUUCGCUACCUACAAUUAAUACUUCUCAAGAAUUGCCUGUUAGCAAAGAGGAGCUUCAGCGAGAACUGUUAGCAGCACGUGCAAAGCUUGAACAACAGCAAAACCAAGAGAAUCGGCUCUUAGCGGAAAUUAGGAGAUACAACCCCCAGUUCCGUCUUUGACUGCUUAGUUUCCAUUAUCUCAUGUCCUCUACAGAACUAGUCUACUUACACUAUAAUGUCCCAGAUAGUGAAAAUUGUCUACAUUAACAAGAUUCUAUUUGUUUUGCUAUAGAAAAAAAGAAAACUGUUAAACGAUUUAUUAACCCUUUCUUGUGAAACAACCAAAUGCUUCUGAUUCAUACAGAACAUAGGGGAAAUUUAACAAAACUUGUACAGAGAAAAAGACCAGUUGCCCAUAGCAACCAAUCAGCUUGCUUAUCAACUUUUCUUCAUAGCAUAUUCAUAACAUAGUCUUUGAAAACAGUGGUGACUGUAAUAAUCUUUUGCCAUGCAAGUAAUGUCACUUUUAAAAUGUAAAUAGAAAACAGGAGAAUUGUGUUUCAUCAGAGAUCAUCAUUUUUUACAUCUUUAAAUAUUUAAAGACUGUAAACCUAUGAAUAUAAGCUGCUCUAACUCAGAAUGAAUAAGACAUUGACAUCAUAAUUAUUAAGGUUGUUGUUUCCAAUGUUUACACAGUGGUAUGCAUACCAAACUCUUGUAUAAAUUGAAGGGAUUUUCCCAUCUGCCUUUUUCAGGUCUUCACAGAGCUGAACCUCCUCUUUUGAGCAAGAAGCGCUACUGCUCUGCGAUUGACACUUCAGACACACUGGAUGUGUGCACGCUACUAGCACUUUGCAUGACUCACUGACACGGUACAGCUUGCAUGCAAGCAAAAGAGAUUGUGUGUCUAUAGUGUCAGUGAUUGUUACAUAAAGAUAAGGUUCUCAGCAGAAGCUCUGUGCAGAGAGAGUUUGUGAUGUCAGCAACAGCCUGUCUACCUUCCAGCGUAAAGAGAGGUGGUCUGUAGCCUAGACAACCAGCAGUAAACAAGAGGCAGAGCUGUAUUAUAAAAAGGAGGCAAGCUUUAAAAUUUAAAAUAUAAUUUACAAAAUGUUAUAGCUUUACAUGUUCUACAAUGUAAAGACUGAUUUUGGAGAUGGGAUUAUCCCUUCAAUUAUACAUACAGUUUACAUUAAGUUUUUAUACAAAUAAAAUUAGUCUAGAAGCCACAGCACUUACAAUUACUAUGCAUUCAAUGCAGGUUGCUGUGUAUAUAGUGUUCCAGUAUUCUAAAAUAUGCAUAGGAAAACCACAUACAGUUGUGCUCAGAAAUUUGCAUUCCCUUGGAUAUCUACCAUUUUUUAAGAGAAUAUAAGGGAGCAGAGAAAAACACAUUUCUUUUAUCUCUUAUUCAUGUUCGACUGUAGGUUAUAACAGAAUGCCACUAUUAUACAAAAAUUGUAACAAAUUAAAAAUGGCCUGUUGAAAAGUCUGCAUACUCUGUGUAUAUCUUCCUUUGGCAUUAAUGACAGAGUGCAGCCUUUUAUAAUAGCUGUUAUAAGGCCUCAAGUGGUACAGCUACCCAUUCGUCUUGGCAAAAUGCCUCCAGGUCAUGCAAAGUCUUUGGUAGUCUUGUAUAAAUGUGCGGUUUGAGAUCUUCCCUGAGUGGCUCAAUGAUCAUGAGGCGUGAUGGUCACUUUAGAACCUUUACCAUUUUCUGCUGUUACCACUACAGGGUCAACUUGGCCUUGUGCUUAGGGUUAUUGUUGCGCUGGAAAGCUUUCAUACGGAAUGCAAAUUGUCUGCCAGUAUUUUUUUAUUAAAAGGAAAACUGAGGCUCAGGAUCUUGAAUACUGGAUAGACAUUUAUUAAUUGUU